AUGGCGUUUGAUAUGGAAUGCGAGAAGGAUCCGGGGUGGCAGUAUUUGCGGCUUUCCCGGGAACAAAUGGCUAAAGAACAAUCGCGUCCUUAUGACUCAAAGAAGAAUUGCUGGGUGCCCGAUCCUGAGGAAGGCUACAUUGCUGCUGAAGUCACGAGCACCAAAGGAGACACCGUUACAGUGAUCACAGCUCGUGGUAAUGAGCAGACGAUGAAAAAAGAUUUAACUCAAGAAAUGAACCCUCCAAAGUUUGAAAAAACGGAGGACAUGUCAAAUUUGACAUUCCUUAACGAUGCAUCGGUUUUGCACAACCUUCGAUCUCGAUAUGGUGCCAUGUUAAUUUACACGUAUUCUGGAUUGUUCUGUGUCGUAAUCAACCCAUACAAAAGGCUACCAAUUUACACAGACUCAGUCGCAACAAUGUACAUGGGAAAAAGGCGUACAGAAAUGCCGCCUCAUUUGUUCGCUGUCUCUGAUGAAGCCUACAGAAACAUGCUGCAAAAUCAUGAAAAUCAAUCCAUGCUGAUUACCGGUGAAUCUGGUGCUGGAAAAACAGAAAAUACCAAGAAGGUUAUUGCGUAUUUUGCCGUUGUCGGUGCUUCCCAAAGUAAGUCGCAGGGAGACAAAAAGGUUACAUUAGAAGACCAAAUUGUCCAAACAAAUCCUGUAUUAGAAGCUUUCGGUAAUGCGCGAACUGUCCGAAACAAUAACUCGUCACGUUUCGGUAAAUUCAUCCGAAUCCACUUCUCCAAACUGGGCAAAGUUGCGUCUUGCGACAUCGAACAUUACCUGUUAGAAAAAUCUCGUGUAAUUCGUCAGGCUCCUGGUGAACGUUGUUACCAUAUUUUCUAUCAAAUAUACUCCGACUACCUUCCAAAUCUCAAAAAAGAUCUUCUGUUGGACAAACCUCUUAGAGAAUACUGGUUUGUUGCGCAAGCAGAACUGACUAUUGAUGGUGUGAAUGACAAAGAAGAGCAUCAACUUACCGAUGAAGCUUUCGACAUCCUUAACUUCUCUCCAGAAGAAAAACAAAAUUGCUACAGACUUGUUGCUGCCAUCAUGCAUAUGGGUAACAUGAAAUUCAAGCAAAGACCUCGUGAAGAACAGGCUGAACCUGAUGGAACAGAUGAAGCAGAAAAAUCUGCUAAUUUAUACGGUGUUGAUGCUGAAGAAUUUCUGAAAGCCCUGACCAGACCACGUGUUAAAGUCGGUACCGAAUGGGUUAACAAAGGUCAGAAUGUAGAUCAGGUCAAUUGGGCAGUUGGUGCUAUGGCUAAAGGUAUCUAUGCCCGUAUGUUCCACUGGUUGGUCAAAAAAUGCAACGCUACUCUUGAUCAAAAGGGUAUCCCUCGAGACUACUUUAUCGGUGUUUUGGAUAUUGCUGGCUUUGAAAUUUUCGACUUCAACUCUUUUGAGCAACUUUGGAUCAACUUCGUAAAUGAGAAGUUGCAACAGUUCUUCAACCAUCACAUGUUCGUCCUGGAGCAAGAAGAAUACGCUCGUGAAGGAAUCGUUUGGACAUUCAUUGACUUCGGUCUUGACUUGCAAGCCUGUAUCGAGCUGAUUGAAAAACCUUUGGGUAUUAUUUCAAUUCUGGAUGAAGAAUGUAUUGUACCAAAGGCUACCGACAUGACUCUCGCUCAGAAACUUGUGGACACCCAUCUUGGGAAACAUCCUAACUUUGAAAAACCUAAACCACCAAAGGGUAAGCAGUCAGAAGCUCAUUUCGCUAUGAAGCAUUACGCUGGCACCGUAAGAUACAAUGUUACAAACUGGCUAGAAAAGAAUAAGGAUCCUCUAAAUGAUACUCUUGUUGCCUGCCUCAAAGCAUCCAAAGGAAACAGCUUGCUAAACGAAUGCUGGAAGGAUUACACAACCCAAGAAGAAGCAGCUGCACAGGCCAAAGGUGGCGGCGGAAAACGUAAAGGCAAAUCUGGUUCAUUUAUGACAGUGUCCAUGAUGUACCGUGAAUCAUUGGAUAAUCUUAUGAAUAUGUUACACAGAACGCAUCCACACUUCAUCAGAUGCAUCAUUCCAAACGAAAAGAAGACUUCUGGUCUUUUGGACGCAGCUUUGGUACUGAACCAGUUGACAUGCAACGGUGUGCUGGAAGGUAUUCGUAUCUGCCGUAAAGGCUUCCCUAACAGAAUGUUACAUGGAGACUUCAGAGAUCGUUACGCAAUGCUUGCCAGCAAAGAGGCAAAAAGCGAUCCAGAAGAGAAGAAGUGCGCUGAGGCUGUCCUUAGCAAAUUGAUAAAUGAUGGGUCUUUGAAAGAAGAGAACUUCCGUGUUGGUAAAACAAAAGUGUUCUUCAAAGCCGGUAUUCUAGCUCAUCUUGAAGACCUUCGAGAUGAAAAACUGGGACAGAUUAUCACUGGCUUGCAAGCACAAAUCAGAUGGUUUUGCACGCAGAUCGAUUGUCGACGUCGUGCCUUCCAACGAGCUGGACUUGUCACUCUUCAAAGAAACAUCCGUGCAUGGAGUAUUUUACGUACAUGGGAUUGGUAUUUGCUGUACGGCAAAAUCAAGCCAAUGCUUAAGUGCGGUAAAGAACAGGAAGAAAUGGAUAGAAUGAACAAACAAAUCCAGGAACUUGAGCAGAAGAUUGCUGAAGAAGAAGCUGCACGUAAAGCUCUUGAAGGAAAAUCCACAGAAGCUUUGGAAGAACGAAAUAAGGUAUUUAGCGAAUUGGAAGAAGCAAAAGCGAAGUUGUCAGAUGAACUUCGCGACCGCGUAGGUGACCAGGAAGAUCGUAAUGCUGAUAUCACCAGAGCUAAAAAGAAGGUUGAAUCUGAGGUCGAAAACUUGAAGAAAACAAUUGCUGAGUUGGAGGCCCGCCUAGAGAAGACUGAUGCGGAAAAGCAAAGUAAGGACCAGCAAAUACAGAUUUUGCAAGAAGAGAUGCAGCAGCAAGAUGAACUCAUUGCGAAAUUGAAUAAGGAAAAGAAACAUCAAGAAGAAAUAAACCGAAAACUUAUGGAAGACCUACAAUCUGAAGAAGACAAAGGGUCUCAUACAAACAAAGUUAAGGCUAAGUUGGAACAGAAUCUGGACGACUUGGAAGACAGUUUAGAACGUGAGAAACGUCUACGCAGCGACAUUGAAAAACAGAAACGCAAGGUUGAAGGUGAACUGAAAGUUGCUCAAGAAAAUAUUGAUGAGAUCAACAGGCAAAAACAUGAUCUAGAAGGUAAUUUGAAGAAGAAGGAGACAGAAGCUCAAGCCAUUGCUGUGAGACUCGAAGAAGAACAAGACUUGGUAAACAAGCUGAAGAAACAGAUAAAAGAGAUACAGGGACGUAUUUCUGAACUGGAAGAGGAACUUGAAAAUGAACGGCAAUCUCGAGCUAAAGCUGACCGCAUAAAGAGCGACUUGCAACGAGAACUGGAAGAACUUGGGGACAGAUUAGAUGAACAGGGUGGAAUGACAGCUGCUCAAGUUGAAGUAAACAAGAAACGUGAAGCAGAACUUGCUAAAUUGAGGCGCGAUCUUGAAGAGGCUAAUAUGAAUCAUGAAAACCAGCUUGCUGCUAUUCGUAAAAAGCAUAAUGACUCUGUUGCUGAACUUGGGGAUCAAAUAGAGCAAGCACAAAAGCAGAAAGCUAAAAUUGAGAAAGAAAAAGCUCAGGCCCAGCGUGAUGCAGAGGACAUCCACGCACAAAUUGAAUCUGAAUCUGCUAGCCGCAUGAACAGCGAAAAACUUGCUAAGCAGUAUGAAAUGCAAAUAUCUGAACUGCAAGCAAAGUGUGACGAACAGACCCGUCAACUACAGGAGUUUGCAUCACUGAAGACCCGACUCACUGGAGAAAAUAGUGAUAUAGGCAAACAGAUUGAAGAAGCAGAAUCACAGGUUAACGCCAUGACACGACUGAAGGCACAACUAACAUCACAGCUAGAAGAAGCCAGACAAUCACUUGAUGAAGAAGCCCGAGACCGCAAUGCUUUGGCAGCUCAAGCUAAAAAUUAUCAGCACGAAAUUGAUCAACUGAAGGAGUCAAUGGAAGAAGAAAUUGAGCAAAAGAGUGAAAUAUUACGUCAGUUGAGCCACGCAAAUGCUGAAAUUCAACAGUGGCAGACUAAAUUUGAAAGUGAAGGACUUCUGAAAGCUGACGAAUUGGAGGAAGUGAAAAAGAAGCAGGUUGCAAAGAUCAAUGAGCUACAAGAAGCUCUAGACGCAGCAAACUCUAAAAUCUCUUCUCUAGAAAAAACAAAAUCUCGCCUGGUAUCCGAUCUGGAUGAUGCUCAGGUUGACGUCGAGAGGGCAAACACUUUCGCAAGUCAGCUGGAGAAAAAACAAAAAGGUUUUGAUAAGAUCAUUGACGAGUGGAGGAAAAAGUGCGAUGAUCUUGCUGCUGAAGUUGAUAAUGCGCAAAGAGAAGCUCGGAAUGUUUCUACUGAACUCUUUAAGCUUAAGAGCGAACAAGAUGAAGUUCUGGAGGUUAUUGAAGGACUUAGAAGAGAAAACAAGUCAUUGAGCCAGGAAAUCAAGGAUCUAACAGACCAACUUGGUGAGGGUGGCCGAUCGGUCUUUGAGAUGCAGAAGAUCAUUCGAAGACUAGAAGUUGAAAAAGAUGAACUUCAACAUGCACUUGACGAAGCUGAAGCUGCUCUUGAAGCUGAAGAAAGCAAAGUUCUUCGCGCUCAAGUCGAGGUUUCACAGAUCAGAGCUGAAAUUGAGAAACGUAUCCAAGAGAAGGAGGAAGAAUUUGAAAACACCCGUAAGAAUCACCAGAGGGCAAUUGAGUCAAUGCAGGCCUCGUUAGAAAACGAAUCAAAAGGCAAAGCAGAUUUACUGAGACUUAAAAAGAAGCUGGAAUCUGAUAUUAACGAACUCGAAAUUGCACUCGAUCAUGCUAACCAAGCGAAUGCCGAUGCGCAGAAGAAUUUGAAGAAAUACCAAGACCAAAUUAGAGAGCUCCAGCAACAAGUUGAAAUUGAACAGCGCAACCGUGAAGAAAUUCGUGAGCAGUACCAGAACAUGGAAAAGAAGGCAACAGUGUUGCAAUCGGAAAAAGAGGAGCUUAUAGUCGCAAUGGACCAAGCAGAAAGAGCUCGUAAACAAGCCGAACGUGAAGCCGGUGAAGCCCAUUCACAAUGCAAUGAACUUGCAGCUCAAACAGAAUCUCUGAACGCAGCUAAGAGGAAAUUAGAUGCUGAACUUCUUGCUAUCCAGGGAGAUUUGGAUGAAACAUUAAAUGAAUAUAAAGGGUCAGAGGAACGUAGCAAGGCAGCUAUGAAUGAUGCAGCAAGAUUAGCUGAGCAGCUGCGGCAAGAACAAGAAAGUACCCAGCAUACGGAGCGUAUGCGCAAAGGCUUAGAAUUGCAGUUAAAGGAGAUGCAGGCGCGGUUAGACGAAGCUGAAGGAGCAGCACUCAAAGGAGGAAAGAAAGUUAUUGCUAAACUAGAAAGCCGUAUUCGUGAGCUUGAAAACGAACUUGACGGUGAACAACGACGCUACCAAGACAGCACUAAGCUUCUUAAUAAACAUGAUCGCCGUAUUCGUGAACUUCAGUUCCAGGUCGACGAAGACAAGAAGAACGCCGAACGUACCCACGAUCUCAUUGAAAAACUUCAAAAUAAGCUCAAAGCUCAGAAGAAACAGAUAGAGGAAGCUGAAGAACUGGCAAACCUGAACCUACAGAAGUUCCGCCAAGUACAGCACCAGCUUGACGAUGCGGAAGAGAGAGCCGAUCAUGCUGAGAAUUCCCUAUCUAAGAUGCGA